CAACAAACAACAGCCAGCAACAACAACUAAUGGGCACCACGCCAGGCGACUCGCCCUCGGCGACGCUGUCCCCCGCUGCGCUCUCGCCGCCCGCCUCGUCGAAUCCCUCGACGCCGCCGCGCUCCCGCUCGCCAUUCCACGCGCCGCGCCCAAGCGCGCCCAGCACGUCCGUCUCGAGCCUGUCCGUGUCGACGUAUCUCGACGCCGGCACCGGCGGGAGCAGCAGCGCAGCGGCGAGCCAGAUCCCGAGCCCGAGCCCGAGCCCGCACCGCACGCCGUCGGCGCGCAAGCACCGGCGCAACGGCACCGGCUCGCGCAGCUUACUUGGCUCCGGCUCGGCGCCGGGCCUGCUCGCGCCGCCGGUCGCGAGCACGGCGAGCACGGCAAUGGCGCUGCUCGACCUCGACCGCGCGGCGUCGCGAUCCCCGGGUGUGUCGUCGGCGCCCGGCAGCCCAGGCGAGGGGAGCACGCUGUUGGCGAGCAGCGGCCGCACGAGCCCCGCGUCUGGUUCCUCGCGCAAGGGCAAGGAGCGGGCUGUGGAUGAUGGCGCCAACGAGGUGGACGAGGCCGAGGCCGAGGCAGUCGGACACGUCGUGCCCGUGCCGUCUGAUGUGCGCCGCGGCCUGCGCGAGCUCGUCGCGCGCUCGGACGACCGGCGGAGCAGUCGCGGAGUGGGGGGGAGGGAGCGGGCCGUGUCCCGUGCCGCGGCAGAUCACGUGCAGACGUUACCUGUGCCUCCGGAUCGAGGGUACUCCCCGCGGCGAUACUACGUGUUGACGAACGCCGGCAAGCCAGUGCUGGCGUUGAACCACGGCAACGACUCGGACCUCUCAGAGAUGAUGGGCAUCGCGCAGGCCUUAAUCUCCAUCCUGGCCGAGGACGACGACCGCCUGCGCUCCAUCUCGCGCGGGCGCACACGCAUCACGUUCACGCUCAAGGCGCCGCUGUACCUCUUCGCCGUGAGCGACUGGGGCGAGCCAGAGCAUGUGAUGCGCAUGCACCUCGAGUACGUCAACCUCCAGAUCCUGUCCGUCGUGACCCAGAGCCAGCUCCAGCGCGCCUUUGCGCGCCGCAGCAACUUUGACCUCUCGCGGCUACUGGAAGGAUCAGAGCCGUUCCUCAACAAGCUCGUCGAGCAGUGCCAGGACGACCUGAGCUUCUUCACUACCACGCUGCAGCCGCUACGCAUGCCCCCCGGGCUGAGAGAUACGGCCGCUGCGGCCUUGAUGCCGCCGGCAAAGUUCAAGGACCUCCUCUACGUCCUGCUCAUUGCUGGCGGCCGAAUCGUGACGCUGUUACGACCACGGCGGCACGCCGUUCAUCCUUCUGACAUGCACCUCCUCCUCAACACCCUCGCGACCUCCGCAACACUCCGCACCGUCGAGACAUGGCUCCCAAUGUGUCUGCCAAAGUUCAACCCCGCGGGGUUUGUCCACGCGUACAUCAGCUUUGUGCGCGACGACGUCGGCCUAGUGUUCAUCAGCGCGGACAGAGACGCGUUCGAGUCUCUGUGCCAGUGGCGCGUGUCUGUCGUCGACCACCUCAAGAAGGACAAUGCACUCGACAGGAUAGAACAGUGCAUCAAGCAGCACUCGUACACUGUUUCCGUGGUGGGAUCGCCGGGACUACGCCACUUUGUGUACAAGUCGCGUGGCCUGAUCCAGCUCACGUCGCCCGACUGGGAGGAGCCGUACCUCCCUGGCUCGGUCGAUCGCAAGCGCCUAGUGACGCUCUACGCUCGCGUGCAGGACGCGCUGUACGCGCGCUCAGGCCAGUCGGCGCCCCUCAAGCUCGUGUACAUGGCGACGGCGCACGAGGCCGUGCUGGGCUGGCUCACCAAGCCGUUCGAGCUGUACGUGACUGUGAGCCCGCAUCUGCCCAUGUCGGCGGUGGUGAGCACGGCCAACAAGGUGGCGAAGUGGGUCAAUGCCGAGGAGAGCCGGCUGUUCUUGAAGGAUGCGCCCGUGUUUUAGGCUGCGUCUAGAAGGGAGGUGGUUCGCUCAUGUGACCACCGCAAGCUGUGUCGAUGCAAGCCGCCACUUGCCACUUUUGUGCUUGCCUGCCCCAUGCCAAUGCCAUGAUCAUGAUCAUUUCUGUCUAAAGAUGAAACGGUUAGGGUGCGUGGCGUCGGCGAGCGGCGUGCGUGCCAGGGUAGAGAACGCAAAAGGGGUCACAGACAACAAAGGCCCACCAUGAUGCCCACAGGGGCAGUGGCUGCAGAUGUCAGCUGGUCGAUGCACAGAGCGGCACACUUGUCGCUGCCCCUCUUCGUCGCCG